AGUGUUGGGUCGCGGAGGCUGUGAGGGCAGAAGAAAAGGCCAGGCUGAGGGGAGGGAGGAGGGUAAAAAGCUGGGAGCUGUGAAUGGGGCGUCUGGGCUCGCGCUCCUGGCCGGGUUCCGGGAAGAAAACCUUAGCUGACUCGGUUCGCAACCUCUGAGCUCCCGGCGUUCCAGGAGCGGCCUCUUUUGUAGGAGCACCUGGAAUGAAGCGUCUGGUGCACUAAGCCGUAGCGGCAACACCUGCCACAGCGACAGCGCUGGGGCCCUGUGUAGAAGCUCCAUCCCCCUUGUCUUUGUGCCUGCCUACGUCCCCAGACUCAGAGAUUAUCUUAGAAGACCUAGGACUCCAAAAAUGUUUCCCUUGAAGGAUGCUGAAAUGGGAGCCUUUACCUUCUUUGCCUCGGCUCUGCCACAUGAUGUUUGUGGAAGCAAUGGGCUUCCUCUCACACCAAAUUCCAUCAAAAUUUUAGGUCGCUUUCAAAUCCUCAAAACCAUCACCCAUCCCAGACUGUGCCAGUAUGUGGAUAUUUCUAGGGGAAAGCACGAACGACUAGUGGUUGUGGCUGAACAUUGUGAACGCAAUCUGGAAGACUUGCUUCGAGAAAGGAAACCUGUGAGCUGUUCAACGGUUUUGUGCAUAGCAUUUGAGGUUCUUCAGGGCUUGCAGUAUAUGAACAAACAUGGUAUAGUACACAGGGCAUUGUCUCCUCAUAAUAUCCUGUUGGACCGAAAGGGACACGUUAAAUUGGCUAAAUUUGGACUUUAUCACAUGACAGCUUAUGGUGAUGAUGUUGAUUUCCCAAUAGGAUAUCCCUCAUACUUGGCCCCUGAGGUAAUUGCACAGGGAAUUCUCAAAACCACUGAUCACAUGCCAAGUAAAAAACCAUUGCCUUCUGGCCCCAAAUCAGAUGUAUGGUCUCUUGGAAUCAUUUUAUUUGAGCUUUGUGUGGGAAGAAAAUUAUUUCAGAGCUUGGAUAUUUCCGAAAGACUAAAAUUUUUGCUUACUUUGGAUUGUGUAGAUGACACUUUAAUAGUUCUGGCUGAAGAGCAUGGUUGUCUGGACAUUAUAAAGGAGCUUCCUGAAACUGUGACAGAUCUUUUGAAGAAAUGUCUCACCUUCCAUCCUUCUAAGAGACUAAGCCCAGAUGAAUUAAUGAAGGACAAAGUGUUCAGUGAGGUGUCACCUUUAUAUACCCACUUUACCAAACCUGCCAGUCUAUUUUCAUCCUCUCUGAGAUGUGCUGAUUUAACUCUGCCUGAGGAUAUCAGUCAGUUGUGUAAAGAUAUAAACAAUGAUUACCUGGCAGAAAGAUCUAUUGAAGAAGUUUAUUACCUUUGGUGUUUGGCUGGAGGUGACUUGGAGAAAGAGCUUGUCAACAAGGAAAUCAUUCGAUCCAAACCACCUAUCUGCACACUCCCCAAUUUUCUCUUUGAGGAUGGCGAAAGCUUUGGACAAGGUCGAGAUAGAAGCUCACUUUUAGAUGAUACCACUGUGACAUUGUCAUUAUGCCAGCUAAGAAAUAGAUUGAAAGAUGUUGGCGGAGAAGCGUUUUACCCAUUACUUGAAGAUGACCAGUCUAAUUUACCUCAUUCAAACAGCAAUAAUGAGUUGUCUGCAGCUGCCACUCUCCCUUUAAUCAUCAGAGAGAAAGACACAGAGUACCAACUAAACAGAAUUAUUCUCUUUGACAGGCUGCUAAAGGCUUAUCCAUAUAAAAAAAACCAAAUCUGGAAAGAAGCAAGAGUUGACAUUCCUCCUCUUAUGAGAGGUUUAACCUGGGCUGCUCUUCUGGGAGUUGAGGGAGCUAUUCAUGCCAAGUACGACACAAUUGAUAAAGACACUCCAAUUCCUACAGAUAGACAAAUUGAAGUGGAUAUUCCUCGCUGUCAUCAGUACGAUGAACUGUUAUCAUCACCAGAAGGUCAUGCAAAAUUUAGGCGUGUAUUAAAAGCCUGGGUAGUGUCUCAUCCUGAUCUUGUGUAUUGGCAAGGUCUUGACUCACUUUGUGCUCCAUUCCUUUAUCUAAACUUCAAUAAUGAAGCCUUGGCUUAUGCGUGUAUGUCUGCUUUUAUUCCCAAAUACCUGUAUAACUUCUUCUUAAAAGACAACUCACAUGUAAUACAAGAGUAUCUGACUGUCUUCUCUCAGAUGAUUGCAUUUCAUGAUCCAGAGCUGAGUAAUCAUCUCAAUGAGAUUGGCUUCAUUCCAGAUCUCUAUGCCAUCCCUUGGUUUCUCACCAUGUUUACUCAUGUAUUUCCACUACACAAAAUUUUCCACCUCUGGGAUACCUUACUACUUGGGAAUUCCUCUUUCCCAUUCUGUAUUGGAGUAGCAAUUCUUCAGCAGCUGCGGGACCGGCUUUUGGCUAAUGGCUUUAAUGAGUGCAUUCUUCUCUUCUCCGAUUUACCAGAAAUUGACAUUGAACGCUGUGUAAGAGAAUCAAUCAACCUGUUUUGUUGGACUCCUAAAAGUGCUACUUACAGACAGCAUGCUCAGCCUCCAAAGCCAACUUCUGACAGCAGUGGAGUCAGAAGUUCAGCUCCUUAUUUCUCUUCUGAGUGUCCAGAUCCUCCAAAGACAGAUCUGUCAAGAGAAUCCAUCCCAUUAAAUGACCUAAAAUCAGAAGUAUCACCACGGAUUUCAGCAGAGGACCUGAUUGACUUGUGUGAGCUCACAGUGACAGGCCACUUCAAAACACCUACCAAGAAAACAAAGUCCAGUAAACCAAAGCUCCUGGUGGUUGACAUCCGGAAUAGUGAAGACUUUAUUCGUGGUCACAUUUCAGGAAGCAUCAACAUUCCAUUUAGUGCUGCAUUCACUGCAGAAGGGGAGCUUACCCAAGGCCCUUAUACUGCUAUGCUCCAGAACUUCAAAGGGAAGGUCAUUGUCAUCGUGGGGCAUAUGGCAAAGCACACUGCUGAGUUUGCAGCUCACCUUGUGAAAAUGAAAUAUCCAAGAAUCUGUAUUCUAGAUGGUGGUAUUAAUAAAAUCAAGCCAACAGGCCUCCUCACCGUCCCAUCUCCUCAAAUAUGAAGAACCAACAGCGUGACUGCCAAAGGUCAACUUUGCAUCAGCAUCAACAGCACGGUUCUUCAUAUCCAUGCCACUCUCAGAUAAAACUAGAUGUCCAGAUUGUUGCAUUUCCAUAAAGUUUGUCAUGAGACAUUUUUAAAAAUCUCAUAACCUACAUGUUCAGCUAUCCAGGCAAGAAACUUGACUGUACAUGUAUUGCUGAAGAAUUUUAACAGUGAAAUCUGAUCAUGUAUUUUUACCACACUACCACAUAAAACCUAAGGAAUUCAGCUGACAAGACAGAUUUAGCAUUAUCAAGAAAUCCCAGUUGCCCUGAAAAAGCUGUCUUCCAUGGUACUGAACAGACAGUUCUACUGAUUGUAUUAUUUAGAAACAUACGCUGAAUGUGGGCUGAAAUCAUCAUCUUUCCAUGAUAAUGAAAAUUGAGAAACUAUUCACAAUGCAUUCCUUAUAAAUAAAUGCUGCAUUUGGUAACUUAUUUCACCCA